AAUGGAAAAGCAACACCUUUAUUAGCUUAUAUAGUAUAAGAUUGAUCGUAGUACUCCUAGCUGCAUCAGUCUUUUCCACUUUUCUUCUCUCACUUCAAAAUUUUCAGCUUUCUGAUAAAUUAAACGGGAUGCGUCAUACCCAGAAGGUGCUGACCAAGAUGUGGCGCCCAUCCGCCGGCGGGCUUAAACUGAAAUCGCGAUCCUUGAACCAGCAAAACUUCAAGCCCAGCAUAUCCGACGAGCCCAACAAGCGCCCUACGCACUUUCAGUCCAUGCGCGAAUUCUUUAUGCAUCCGCUGACCUGGGACCGCAACAACGGCUACUUCAAUGUGGUUCUGGCUUUGUCCAUUUUCGGAUUCUGCUUCCUUAACUCCUGCGCCCCGUGCGACCAGAAGAGGGGUGGUCCUGAGGAGCGCACCACCCGCCCGCAGUGAGAUCGGGGCUUGCCUCGAACUCAUCCCAAACUCACCCUGAUUACAGACGCAGACUAGGCCGGAGUUGGUCGAACGGCACUGAGCAUUCAUGUCGCACAAGGUCGGGUUGUUCAGGCAGUUCUGCUCCUCAAUGCACACGUAUCCAUCUCCCUUGAAGCCAGCGAUGCACUGGCACCCGUAAUUGGCUGGAUCCCUAGAAAUAAAGCAGCAGAAAAUUAUUAUUUA